AUGGCUCAAAACCAGCAGUGGAUGCCUCCUAUGUCCGCAUUUCCAAGGCCAGAGUCGCGACAAUCUCCAGGAGCCCCAGCUACAAACUAUGCCUUCCCGCCACCUUCAAAGGGAACACCACCUGCCAAUGGAGGAAAUGCACUGCCUCCCCCUCCGUCAAACCCGCCCCCAACAAAUUCACAAUUUUGUCAACCCAGCUAUUCUGGUCCACAAUUUGCUGCUCCUCCAACCUCGGCAAGCCCCCCAGUCCUUGACCACAAUGCCAUUAAACAAUACAACGAAGAAGCAUACCAACAUAAUGCAGCAAUUGGGAAACAGUUGGCAUCCUCCCAGUCACCUGCCUCGGCAGCAAGAAUGGAGAAGAUACCAGGUGGUGCGCCGGCAUUUGGAGAAUUCAUGGGAGCGCAUUCGUCCACCCAAGACGAUAUUGGGACAUUCAAUGGAGGCAGUUAUCGAAUCAGUCACCGGGAUACAAACUCACUUUUAACGAUCCAGUUGGCAAUGGGAUGUCCGUUGACAGUCAGACCAGGCGCAAUGAUUGCAAUGUCCCCCACAAUCACUCUCCGAGGAGCUAUGUCUAUAUCUCUGAAGAAGUUUAUCGCAGGAGGGAGCAUGAGUAUGUCCCACUACACCGGCCCAGGCGAGCUGUUGCUUGCACCAUCUGUGCUCGGAGAUGUCAUUGUUCACCGUGUCAACGAUGGGGACAACUGGAAGAUCGGUCGUGAUGCAUUCUUAGCGCAUACCAGCGGUGUGCACCACGAAUACAAAGCUCAAAGUCUGAGCAAGGGUUUCUUCUCCGGUGAAGGUUUCUUCGUCUAUCACAUCACUGGUACAGGGCUGCUGUGGAUGCAGAGCUUCGGUGCUAUCAUCAAGAAAGAUCUUAUCAAGGAUGAGGUUUAUAUUGUCGACAAUGGUCACCUCGUUGCCUGGAAUUGUGAUUACGAAAUGACUCGCCCUGCCUCAGGUGGACUCAUGUCAAGUUUCAGUUCCGGUGAGGGUCUUGCCUGCAAGUUCAAAGGCCCGGGGACAGUGUACCUGCAAACCCGAAACCUGAACGCCUUUGCUGCUCAGAUGAAGAUCAGCACAGCCAGCGGUUAA